AUGGUCCAUCUGAUCCUCACCGGCGCCACGGGCCUCAUCGGGUCCAGCAUCCUCUCGCACAUCCUGUCGCUCCCCAGCGGCGGCAACAUCACCCGUCUGAGCAUCUUGACGCGCAACCCGACGAUCCCCCUACUCGCGAGCACGCCGCCGCCGGGGACGCCGCGGGCCAACCAGACCACGCGCAUCGAGGUCAUCCAACACGCCGACUUCUCCGCGUAUCCGCCCGAGCUGCUGGAGCGGCUGCAGGGCGCCGAUGCCUGUAUCUGGGCGUUGGGGGUCAGUCAGAGCGACGUGGACGCGGACACGUAUGUGCGCGUGACGCGCGACUUUGCGCUGGAGGCGGCUAAGGCGUUUUCGGAGCUGAGAUCGUCGAAGUCGAAACCGACAAAGACUACUGAUAGUAGUGCCGUGGCGGGUGGGAGCGAGAUGGACGGCGCGAACGGGAAUGAUUCUUUAAAGCAGAGAACGGCAACGACAACGACAACGACGGCUAGUGGCGGCGAGGAAGGACAAAGAGACGCAGACGAGAAAUUCAAGUUCAUCUACGUCUCGGGCGAGGGCGCCACGCUGCAUCCCAGAGCAUGGACGCCCAUCUUCGGCCGCGUCAAGGGCGAGACGGAAGCGGCGCUGCUCGCGCUCUCCAAAACACAACCCUUCGCUUCUACUCUCGCCGUGUAUUCCGUCCGCCCGGCCGCCGUGGACGGGCAUAACCAGCCGUGGCUGUGGCGGGACAUCCUCAACCACCACCGCUCCUGGUCCCAGCGCAUGCUGGUUUCCUCUGCCCUGCCACCCAUCCGCUGGGCGAGUUGGGCUGGGCUGGCUCGUAGCUGGCAUAGUCCGACGGAGGAGUUGGGGAGGGUGCUGGUUGAGAUGGCGGUGGACGAGAGUCGAGCGCUGUAUAGUGGGCCUGGCGUGGAGGGAGAGGGUAGGACUUUGGGGAAUAUUGCUCUGCGACGACUGGCCAGAGAAAAGAAAUGA